ACUGCUGGAGUCCAGAUAGGAAGUUGACACUUCUUGAUUACUCACAAGAGUGAGGAAAUCCUAUAGUAAGCUCAUGUUGCCCCAGGGAAAUUUAAUAUUCUAUGACUGCUGGGAGGAACACGCACAUAUAGGAUGAUUGAGGAGGGCUCAAGCUUUCCAAAUCAUCUUCCCUGAAUAUUAUCAACAAGAGAAGGCACUUAAGUUAGUGAGAGAGCCAGAGAAGAGAAAUGGAUCCCUCCAAAGCCUCUGCAGCAGAAAAAACAGGGAGAGCAGAGUGUUUUUCUCACCGUCAUUUGGUUUUUGCUGGAAUGGCUGUAUCAUUGCUUACCUUGUGUUUCAUUACUAAAUGUGUUCUGUCAUAUCGCAUCUUCUUUCAAGACUGUGAAGAAAUCACAAACCAGUCUGAUCUGAUUGGCCAUUUAAAGGAACUCUCUUGCUUUCCUGAUGCCUCACGCUCUAUCAGUAAUUGCUGCCCACUGAACUGGAAAAAUUUUCAGUUUAGCUGUUACUUCUUCUCUAAUGACACCAUGACUUGGACUGCAAGUUUGAAGAAUUGUGAAACAGUUGGGGCCCAUCUGGCAGUUAUCAACACACAAGAAGAACAGAAUUUCCUUUAUCAAACAAAACCCAGUGGAAAAGAGUUCUACAUUGGGCUAACAGACCAAGUGGUUGAUGGUCAAUGGCAGUGGGUGGAUGACACACCGUUCAACAAAGCUUUAAGCUUCUGGGAUGUAGGGGAGCCAAACAACAUUGCUGGGGUUGAGGACUGUGUAACCAUAAGAGACAGUUCAAAUGCAAAUCGCAACUGGAAUGAUAUGACCUGCUUUUUCAAAAUGUAUCGAAUUUGUGAAAAGCCAGUGAGAAGUUUUUCUGUUGAGAAAAAAUAGUGGAGAGACUAUUUGUAAUAUGUAUAUAGUAAAGGAUGAAAUGUGCUAUUUAUAUUAACAUAUAAGGUGUUUAUUAUUGUUAUUUUUAAACAAAUUAAUAAAUGAAAAACCAUUUAACAAAUUUUUUGGUCUUAAUUUCUAACAUGAUAAAUAUUGAUAGGUAUAACUCACACAAAAAAAUGAUAUAACCCACAAUAUAAAAGUUCUUUAGGAUCCUAAAUAAUUUUUAAAAGCAAAAAAGGUUUAAAAACUGGGAAGACCUUCAUGAACUGAUGUGGAGUGAAAUGAGCAGAACCUGGAGAACAUUGUACAAUAGUAACUGAAACAUUGUGGGAGGAUCAAAUGAAAUCAACUUUGCUACUAGUAGCAAUGCAAUGAUCCAGGACGAUCCCAAGGGAUUUAUGAGAAAGAGUGUUUUCUACAUCAAGAGAAAGAACAGUGGAAGUAGAAACACAGAAGAAAAACUUAUGGAUUUAUCACUUGUUUAUAUGGGCAUAGGAUUUGGGGUUUCAGUUUUAAAAGACUAUUCUAUACAAAAAUGAAUAAUAUGGAUAUAGGUUUUGAGUGAUAAUACAUGUAUAACCCAGUGGAAUUGUUUGUCAGCUCUGGGAUGGAAGAAGAGGAGAGAGAGAGAGAGAGAGAGAGAGAGAGAGAGAGAGAGAGAGAGAGAGAGAGAGAGAGAGAGAGACAGAGACAGAGAGAGACAGAGACAGAGACAGAG